UUUUACUCAUUUGCUUCUGCAACUGCCCAUUGCCCUUUUUCUUUUGUUUUUUCUCUGUUAAACUAGUGGGUACAAACCGCUUGUUUUUUUUUCACUACCCUGUUUAGUAGUGGCAAACUUAAUCACAUUUGGUUGUUUCUGGUUAGACUUAAGACUCUUAUCUCAGUCCAAAAUUUAAACUUUCCUAUUUAAAAGAAAAGAAGAUUCAAAUUUUGAAAAAACAACCACACAUUUCGGUGCAUUUAAUGUUUUGAAAUGUGAACAGAAUUGUUUUGCUUCAUGGCAAUCGAUAUCCCAAUUUCUAAAAGCUGAAAGCAUUUUCCUUGGAGGACGUUUCUUUUGUUCUGCUAGAAAAGGGUUGUACUUUUAACUCUAUGAAGUGCUUAAUGCAAUAGCAGGAAUUCAAGUGGGAAGCGAGGAGCACAAAAAAAUGGAUCCACCCAAGAAAAUGUUUAUAGCUCUCAUCCUUGCUUGCUCUUCCUUGGGUGCAAUCAUCUCUUCGUUGUGUUGUUUAUGGAUUUAUUACAGGAAGAAUUCACCCAAAUCUAAGAAAAAUGAUGCUAAGAGCUCAGAUGCUGAGAAAGGGAAUCGUUUGGCACCAUUUUUUGGUAAAUUCAAGUCCAUCAGGACGGUUUCCAAGGAGGGUGAUGCUUCGUUUAUGGAUUAUAAGAUACUUGAAAAAGCUACAAGCAAGUUUCAUCAAGGUAAUAUUUUGGGUGAGGGUGGAUUUGGAUGUGUUUACAAGGCACAGUUCGAUGAUGGUUCUUAUGCUGCUGUUAAGAAGUUGGACUGUGCAAGCCAUGAUGCAGAAAAAGAAUUUGAGAAUGAGGUGGAUUUGCUUUGUAAAUUUAAGCAUUCAAAUAUAAUUUCACUGUUAGGUUAUAGCAGUGACAAUGAGACAAGGUUUAUCGUGUAUGAACUGAUGCAAAAUGGUUCUCUGGAAACUCAACUACAUGGACCUUCUCAUGGAUCGUCGUUAACUUGGCAGAGGAGGAUGAAGAUUGCUCUGGAUACCGCAAGAGGAUUAGAAUAUCUGCAUGAGCACUGCAGCCCACCAGUCAUCCAUAGAGAUCUGAAAUCAUCUAAUAUACUUUUGGAUUCAGACUUCAAUGCAAAGCUCUCAGAUUUUGGUCUUGCAGUAACUGAUGCAGCUCAAAACAAGAAUAAUUUGAAGCUUUCGGGCACUUUAGGUUAUGUAGCCCCCGAAUACCUUUUAGAUGGUAAAUUAACAGAUAAGAGUGAUGUCUAUGCUUUUGGUGUUGUGCUGCUGGAACUUCUAUUGGGAAGAAAGCCUGUAGAAAAACUGGCACCAGCUCAGUGCCAAUCUAUUGUCACAUGGGCCAUGCCUCAGCUUACUGACAGAUCUAAACUCCCAAACAUUGUGGAUCCUGUGAUUAGAAAUACCAUUGAUCUGAAGCACUUGUAUCAGGUUGCUGCUGUAGCUGUGCUAUGUGUGCAGCCAGAACCAAGCUAUCGUCCAUUGAUAACUGAUGUUCUGCACUCGCUUGUCCCACUUGUUCCUAUGGAGCUUGGAGGGACUCUAAGAAUAACACAACCUGCAGACCCUUGACCCUUACAAGCUGCCUCCUGUGCCCUGACAUGUCUCGAAAUCAAGAUCGUUGUUCUGCUGUGCUGCCAUGUGAUUAAUCUUGGGUUUUGCGUCAACUGAAUCAUACAUCCACAUCAGUUUCCAUUGCUCAAUUACGUGCAAAGAUUUUCUUGAUUAUAAUUCAUACCUUUGGGGUGAAGUCUGAAGAGUGGUCGGUUGGGCCAGAAGAGAAGAUUUUCUGAUUGUUCAUAUAAAUUUUUGUAAAUUGCACCAUAAUUGAGAUGCUUUAUACGAGCAUUUUAAUUCUUCCUAUGCUAUCAUCAAUGCAAACAUUUAAAAAAAGGAAAAAAAAAAAGAAGAGAGAUCUAAUGUGGCUAAAAAUGAUGCAUGUUGGUUUGUCACCCUGGGAAGAAAUGCAACAGUAAUCAAUAGGACAGCUGUUGUCAAAGACAACCCCAAGAAAAAACAAAAAAAUCUAGACUGAUUUGCUGUAAUAGUCAAGAAAAUUUUCAGUUGAGCUCCCACAAACAAUCCCAUUAUGCACCAAAUUCUUGUUAUAA